GGAGAAUUAGCCAUAGGCCCGGUCACUAAGCUUAUCACGUGAUGAUCUAUGAUUUGGCGGGCAUUUCGUUUGUAAAUAAGACUUCGAAGUCGAAGCAAACUCAACUUUUAUUGAUAAAAUCAUAACAAACUAUGCGAUUGGGACAACAACAGCCUGCCACGAAUCCGCGGGCGGUAUUAUUAGAUGUAGCGAGUCAAGAGACACCAGAGGCCUUGGUGGAGUUAAUCGAGAGACAUAACUCGAAGAAUGACGCAUUUGAUGUUUUGGAAGUGUUGCAAACCUUAUCCCGCAAACAGCACGAGAAGCUGUGGGAAGGACUCAAGAAUCUGAGUGAUUCUGCCAUCAUGAUGGCCUCACCGGAUCCAGAUAAGACAGAUGAGCAACAGGCUGAGCAUUUCAUUUCAAUGCUGGCCUGCCUUCAAGCCGUAGCUACAGUUGCUCUGUGUGCUCUUUCCUUUGAUAAGCCUGUUGUUCCUGGCCUUUUUCUGGAGACAGCUGUUCUUCUUCAUGGAAUAAUGAUGUGCCUCCCUGAAGAGUCUCAGAAAUUGCAGACAAGUAUUGCUCAAGUGUGCGAAACAUGGUUCUUGAAUGAUUUUGAGGGAAAAGAAGAGCUUAUUACCAACACUUUGCCUUUCUACGUCAUCAGAAGUUUGGCAAAAGGAACAGCCAGUGAUGUGAAGCAUGUGUGGGGACUUCGUCAAGCUCUUCUAUUGAUAGACUUUGAGGAUGAGAGCUCGUCAUCUCUGAAACAACUUCUUCACCAGUGCAUGAUCCACCCUAUUUAUCUCAGGCAAGAAGAGGGUCACAGGUUCCUGAGUUUUUUGUUUGGGAUGCAUCCUGAACUCACCAAAGAACUUCACAAGACCAUCAAGAACCAAAUUCCUGUUUGUUCUGUGUCUGCCUUGACUUCAUAUGGAGAAAUCUACUUUAGAGCAUGGAGAGUUGCUGCAGAGCCAUAUUUGGGAACAUUGGAGAAGGAGUGCAUUCAGGAUUUGAUGUAUGCUGCUGUACAUGCACAAAGGCUGGGUGCCUUAUCUAUGUCAUCUCGGCUAAGAAAGGUGCUCGGGUAUUUCCAUAUGCAGAAAAAGCAGAAGGGCGUGGACGAGGCCCUUGUCAGACUCUACCAGCCAAUUCUCUGGAGAGCUUUUAAGGUUGCCAAUCCACUUGUUCGAGCAAAUGCAGCAGCAAUCCUGGUGGAUGCAUUUCCCCUGCAAAACCCUGAUGCAAAUAAUGAGGAAAUUGAUGCACUUCUCCAAAAACAGUUUGAUUUGCUUCAGGAAUUGCUUGAAGAUCCCUCGCCUAUAGUUCGGGCUACUGGAGUACACGGAGUGUGUCGCAUUGCUGGUGUAUUCUGGGAGCUGAUUCCUGUGCACACUGUUAAAUCACUGAUAACAAGACUUAUAACAUCUGUUGCAUUUGAUGCUACAUCAAGCUCUGUCCGAGUAGCUGUAUUUCAGGGCCUUAAGUUCCUUGUGGAAAAUCACCUCAGCCAUCCAUUGUUGAAGAAUCUGCUUGGUAGUCUGCGAGACCUGGUCCAUGACACUUCGGAGAAAGUUCGAGCAGCAUUUGUGGAUUUGCUUCUACUAGUGAAAGGCAUGAAGGCUAUUAAGUUCUGGACAAUAGUACCAUUAGACCAUUUGCUGGCCCGUCUGGAAGUAGAAUCCUCUGCCCCGGUCAUGAGGAAACUUGUCAAGCUUCUAAUGAACUCUUUUCACCCUCUCAAUAAGGAACCGGAUGUCCAGGUAACCCGCUGCAGUGCACUUUGGGAAGCAAACCCAAUGGCUGCACGUAGAUUCUAUCAGUAUGCACAUCUCCACGCACCAAUAGCAGCCACAGGCAAAUUUAUCCUGCUGCUUGGACGUUGCCUUUUCCAGUGGGCACAAAGCAAUGCCAACGACACUACAGUUAAUGGAGAAGACACAGCUGAGAACAAGGAGAAUGAGGGUGUCGACGAAGCCAGCGAGGCAAUGCUUACCAUUCCUGAUGCUGACACCAUCGCGGGAAUGCUUGAGACUAUCGCGAUCUCGUGGGCGGGCAUCAAGGACCAGCUUGACAAGAGUGCCAAUGACAGCACAAAAGCAAAGCUGGUCCACCUGUUUGCAAAGGCAUUGCCGAGGCUUCUAGAGCCUGCCGAGAGUGCUAGAGCAAGGACGGCAAUUAUAUUCAUUGCUGGCAACCUACCCUCAUCUUCACUGCCCAAUUUUAGUAAGAAGUGUUUGAAGACCUUGAGCUCACUCAAGGAAGGUGUGAAUAACCAAGAGUUUGGCCCGAUGUUGGACUGUAUGUGCUCUUGGGGAAAGACAGCUUUGGUGUUGGACAUGAUCGCAACAAGUCUGUCAGAAAACUUCGCCAAUCAUUUAUUGGUCCCGUCAGGAAAGGAGGCUCGAACAGAUUCAAGGACAUGCGAACUUGAAGCUACCGUCGCUUUGGACUAUUUGGCUUGGCUUUUGUAUGAACCAGUUUGUCGCACCGCAAUGCUAGAAUAUCGCGAAAAGCUAAAGGAGAUCUCCACUAGCUUGAAAAAAGUUAUGGAAAUGAUUGAAUCAUCACGAUCAUCCGAUAGAAAUGAGAUUUACCCGAAAGCUCUCGAAACCUUCUGCCACCUUGAGAUCCACCUGUCUUCUAAGGAGAAUAAGGAGACUGCAACAGAUAGUGAGCCUCUGACUGACCUAUUGAUGUGGUCCCGAAGAGUGUUGGUCCCGGCAUGGGAUAUAUACAGUUCCUCUGAGACCUCCGCCGAUGCCCUAGCCGAAACUGAAGGAGAAAAACGACAAAGAGAUGAUGACAACGAAACCGCUGACAUGGCACGGCAAUGCCUAGAGAUAAUUCUAUCGAGCUGUGGAGAGAUGGUAAAGCUUGGUGUCGCGAGUGAGGCAAUGUGCGAUCAACUUGCGUCGCUUAUCAAGUCCAUCUCACAGUUAGGUGCCAAGUCCUUGCCUUUACUUCCCCAAAUGGCCGGGAUCAUGUAUCAGGUCUCUCAGAGAGCCAACUACCGAGAGCAAGGCGAAAGACUGACGGAUCACACUCAAGGCAUUCUGUCUGACAUCCUACGCACGGUCUCAACCAAUAGCAACGCCGAGAACAUCACCCAGGUUCUGUUGGGUAUUCGAGCAUCGCUAAGCGAAGUUCUGAAGAGUUAUGAGCGCAAGCGACGAGCUGUUGAUGCUGGCUUUGUAGAACGACCGCAGAUAAUGGCAACAGUGCUGGCUGCUUCUAUAGCAGAGUUGUCGGACAAAACAGAAAAUGGUCUGCCAAGCCCUGACGCCAUUCCGCCGCUGUCAUCCUUCGUGAUUAACGUGAUUACCAAGUCAAGGGUAUUGGUUAGGUCCUUUGUGGAGGAAAUGGAGCAUUGUGUCUCAUCUGGAGUACUCCAGGACGCCCCUUCUCUCUCUGCUGUUGUAAUACUACUUGCAGCUACUGUCAAUGGAAAUAUCCACUUGGACCAUUUUAAAUCUUGUGCACUGAAGGUUCAAAAGCAGAUGGAAUUGUUAUCAGAUCAAACUACGGAUGACACAUCAGAAAGAAUCAUUGUUGCAGCCAAGAGUUUAUUAAAAUUGACAACAGACAAACUUGGAUUGGUUUCUUAGAAAGGCGCUAUCCAUGGUUAGCAGUUCAUUCAGUGUAACAUUACACUAAAUAGGAAAGGUGCUUGUCUCAUCUGUUGUGUUAAGUGGAGACUUUGGUAGGUAAAAGUAAUUAAGCAAUAGUAUGACAGCUUUGAGAUCUCCUUAUGAAAAGAUGAAAUGAUAAUUUUCUGAACUUUGAUGCAGUUGAUGCAACUUUGAUGCAACUGCUAGUUUGGUUUUAAGGUUUUAAAGGUAAAAGAAGGUUUGUUAUUAUGCAAUGAAACCUCAACUAAUGAGGUGAGUGCUUUUCUUCCAAAUUUGUACAGGAGGUUUUCAAAUGGACCAAUAUAAUGCUGUAAAAAUUCAAGUACAAUAUUAAAGCCAUACAAUAAAUUAAUCACAACCUUU